AUGGAGCGUGUGGUAGCCAGGAGGAACUGGUGGAGAACAAUGAAAACCAGAGGAUACGUACUGAGAGAGCAGUAUGAGGAGGAGCAGGAGGCCAAAGCGGAGCUGCAGCGUGCUAUGUCCAAGGCUAACAGCGAGGUGGCUCAGUGGAGAACCAUGUAUGAAACUGAUGCCAUUCAGCGCACUCAGGAUCUCGAGGAGGCCAAGAAAAAGCUUGCCCAGCGUCUUCAGGAUGCGGAAGAGUCCAUCGAGGCCGUGAAUGUGAAAUGUGCCUCUCUGGAGAAGACCAAACAGAGGCUACAGGGUGAAGUGGAGGUCUUGAUGAUUGACGUGGAGAGAGCUAAUGCUCUGGCUGCAAACCUGGACAAGAAGCAGAGGAACUUUGACAAGGUUCUUGCAGAGUGGAAGCAGAAGUAUGAAGAGAGUCAGGUCGAGCUGGAAGGAGCUCUGAAGGAGGCGCGUGCUUUGAACACAGAUGUUCAAAAUGAAAAACUCCUAUGAAGAAGCUCUGGGCCACCUGGACACCCUGAAGAGGGAGAACAAGAACCUGCAACAGGAAAUAAGUGA